GCUUUUGUGUCUGAUCGGCCAAAGUUUAGUCAUCGAAAAUCCCCCGCCUUUUUACAACUUACCUUUUAGAAAAUUUGAACGUACUCUGGAUAAAGCACAUUUUUGGAGAGAUCCACGGUUUUGAUACAUAUUCCAAAAUGAGAGUUAUGCUCCGGUGCACCUUGAAACAAUGGACCAUAUAGGACAGAGGAUGUACAGCAUUACAAUAGUUUAUUUUUUAUUUGUGUAGCCUGUGUGGGAAACAUGAAGCUCACGGACAGCGCGUUAAGGAGUUUCAGGGUUGCACGAAUUUACCAAGACAAUUCCGAGAGAGUUAAUUGUUUGGACUACAGUCCGAACGGUGAAAAUGCUGUCUCAAGCAGCGACGACGAUCGCAUUGUGUUGUAUGACAUGAACCGAGGAAAGCCCAUUCAGACCCUGUACAGCCGGAAAUACGGGGCAGACCUCAUCCGUUACACACAUGGAGAUUCUCAGAAAGUCAUCUACAGCUCCAAUAAACUGGAUGAUACAAUCCGCUAUCUGUCGCUGGCUGACAACAAGUACAUCAGAUAUUUCCGAGGCCACACUGCCAGAGUUAUUGCUCUGUCCAUGUCCCCAGUGGAAGACAUGUUCAUUUCAGGUUCCUUGGACAAAACAAUACGCAUCUGGGAUCUGCGCGCUGAGAACUCUCAGGGUCUAACAAACCCUCUGGGCAGACCAAUUUGUUCCUUUGACCCAGAUGGGCUCAUCUUCGCCGUCGGGGUAGAAUCCCAGGCCAUUAAGCUGUUUGACGUACGCGCUUUUGACAAGGGGCCCUUUAAGUCCUUUGAGUUGAGGCUGAAUCGGAGCUGCGACUGGAGCGGACUUAAGUUCAGUAAAGAUGGCAAACAGAUUCUCAUCUCUACUAACGGAGGAAUCAUUUGCCUACUCAAUGCUUUUAGUGGAGAUGUGCUGCACACUUUUUCGGGCUACAACAACAGCAGAGGCUUAACUCUGGAGGCGUGUUUCACCCCUGACUCCCAGUUCGUCAUGAUAGGCUCAGAGGAUGGGAGAGUCCAUGUUUGGAACACUGAGAACGGGAUGAAGGUGGCUGUGCUGGACGGCAAACAUCAACAGCCCAUUGGCGCAAUGCAGUUUAACCCCAGAUACAUGACUUUUGCCACGGCCUGCUCGACCAUGAGAUUUUGGCUACCAGUUAUUGAGGACACGUAAAGACACAGCAAAAUGUGUAUGUAUUAGACAUUUAUUUGAAGUGUUUUAACCUCACUAUGAUGUAAGUCUUGUUUUUAUCUCUUCAUGUUUAUUUGUGUUGUCUACUUUUACACAAGUUUUUAACGACAGUCUUUUUUUAUAUUAUUACUGUUUUAUUGUAUUUUUUUCUGUUUUAUCAUAUUGUUAUGAUUGUUUAUUAUAUUGAUAUUACUGUUUUAUUAUAUUGUUCAGCUCCUAUUGAUGACGAAUAAACGUUUUUUUAAUUUUGUGAUAAUUCCGCACUCUUUUUGGGCCACA